AUGGGAGACCUCAACUCGUCGAAUUUCACCCAGCCGGGCACGUUCGAUAUUCUUGAAAGCUGCAUCUUUACCCUCAUUGCCUGCAUCUUCACGGCCCUUGAUCUCGACGUAGUUUCUAACCCAACAUGGCAACGACUGCUUUUCGAAAAGGCAAAAUGGGUUCUGUUGACUAUCGUUAUUCCAGAAAUCUCCAUAUUGACCGCCACCCGUCAGUUUAUGGAAGCCUGGGAACUCAGGUCGGACCUUCAAAAGAUGUGGAAACAACAGAAACCAUCCAGAUCUAGUCCUGACGCUGAUUUCAAAAUCAACACGAAAUAUGCCUACUUUAUCAUCAUGGGAGGACUUCGUUUCGACGUCAGUGAUAUCCUCUCUCUUCCGGAUCUCGACCCUUCAACCGAGAAACUGUUCAACGGCCCCAAAAAUGGCCGGAAAACCGUUCGUGCAGGCCCGGGCGCUAUACUGUCACUCGCCAAAGAGGGACACUGGAUCAAAAUUCAGCAGAAUGAAAUUGACGACAAGAGUAAAGCCAACGUAUUUCAGAAAGUACUUGUUCUUAUCCAAGUGCUCUGGAUGUGUAUGCAAUGUUUUUGGAGGGGUGCAUAUGGAUUUCCCAUUACACUUCUGGAAUUCCAUACCCUGUUACAUGUAGGGUUUGCUGUUUUCCAGUAUUGUUUGUGGAUCAAGAAGCCUCUAGAUGUUCAGGAAGCAAUCGUGGUUCAAUCGCACGGUUUUGAGGCCGAACUAGCCAUAAUGUUGCAGAAACAGUUCUACAGCAGGAUGUCAUACAGAUUAGCCCUCUUCAAAUCCCAACAAACCCCAGAACAGCCACCUCCACUAGGACCCUCCGGAAGACAAAUGCGAUGGAUCGAUCAAGUAGCGCCUACUAAGAUGAAAGUUGGCGAUAUUCUAACAUCUGGGCUCGCUCUUUAUCGGAUAGAUGUCAAGAGUGGUUACUUCCCGCUUGAGAACAUAUGGGAUCCUACGACAGUGAUAAAACACAAAAUCAAAUCGAAAGAUUCCCCGGACUUUUGUUUCGACCUCACACCUGAGUUCCUUAGGCGAUGGGAUGCUAUUCUGUCCAAAUUCCCCGAUGAACAACGAGAGAACCUAGCUGAAACGAUGGGAUAUAAUCAAGUCUGGAGAAGUAACGUUGAAGCCGGUAUACCUGACCUCCCGGAGAGAGAGAAACGCAUCCUUCUCCUUACGCGACUGGUAGAAUUCAGGCACGAGCCGCUUUUAGACCGCGAAAGGGAGUUUUGGGAGGGCAGAAGUAUCUUCUCCUUAGAUAUUGCCCCGCACUUUGAAACGCAAGGCUUUCGAGAGACAUAUGGCCCCGUAUGGAAGUUCUGGAGGAUUGUUGUUCAAGUUACCUUCGCACAUAGAGGAAGUCUUAUGGAAGGCUUGGUCUGGCUCACCAUUUGGUGUUUGUUUCUCAACAAGUCUUAUGUUCUCGUCUUCCCAAACAAAACCCCGGAAGUUCUCAAGAGGGCCAUAAGACAGCUCGCCAAGUUUUAUUGCAUAUACUUGCUAUCUUGCAUAUACUUGCUAUCUGUUUUAGGGCCUACAUUGUCGCCGAGAUAUUUGCAAGCCUGCGAUAUUGUCCUGUUGGAGUUUUCAUCACCUUCCAGUGGUUAG